ACUGGGGUGGUUUCAUUUCAUUUCCUUCAACCACUGCACAUAAAACCGUAAGCUACGCAGGCCAACACGUCUUUCAUGCGCAGAUCCUAUAUUAAUACACAGUGUCCAUAAAUUAUCGUCUAUUUCCUAUUCUGUGACGAUGUACCGUGUUGUGUUGUUGUCUUGUCUGUGCGCUUCAAUUUGUGCGAUUCGUAGAAAUGGGGGAAAAGGUGAGUACGCAAAGAAAUAUAUAAGCAUUUAGAACAAAAGUUUUGAUCGACCCUUUCCUGAACUAUGAAAUAAAUUUUAGAAAGGGGCGUAUAAUCGGCUAAAUAUAUCAAUGGCAUUAUAAUCCACAUAGUUUUGCCACAGGCUUUCUUUGCGCCUUAACAUGCUAGUGCUCUAACCGGUAUUUGUGUCCCAUUGUAAUUAGUUGAUACAUUUAAUUAGACACAUUAUACUGUUGUACUAUUAAAUUAGACUGAAUCAGUCCAAACAAAAGUAAACUCAGUCCAAUAUCGUUCACACUCGCAGAAAUAUCGUUGCGAGAAAACCUGCUCAGACACACGGACUGGCCAUGCAGAGUAAAAAAUGUCGGUUCCACUAGUCAGGGCAGUACUAUGAUUUGCUGUUGAAAUUCCAAAUUUUAAUGACCUGUCUCUACGGGACCAGAUAAAUUCGCGGGACUGUCGGUUUCAACUUGUUUUUCUCCCCUCUCCACCUUUUCUGUUGUCACGUCUCGGCGCUGAAUUAAGUCAUAACUAUGAUUAAGAGUUUAACCACCAGCUACGCCGGCAAGAUUAAGUCUUGUUUAAGUUCGUCUAGUUAGUAUUUCUCACGCUGGACUUAGCCGCCAUUUUGGGAAGCUGCCUCUUUCAAGGUAGAAAUACUCAAGAAGAAAUGCGACACUGUAGUUUUGUGAUGGUAAAUUUACAGUUACAACUUUAAAACUUAAGUCGCUUUCCACAUUGUUUAGAUUGUCCAGAUUCUCAGAAACGGGAAGACAAUUACCCCAACUUAAAAAUGGUGAAUAUAUAAUAAUUAUAUAUUGGUCCGCUACAAACUCCCGUGUGAGAAAAAAAUUACACACAGUUCCGAAUUUAUCCUGUCUCACUCAUAUGUGAAUGUAGUCCAAGUAGUAUAAUCUAUUAAAUUAUUAUUUAUUUAAACUGAGAAUUCAUAAUUUCUGAUUGGUUAACAGCCAACUGUAAAAUCGUCAUAUCACCUCAAUUACUGACCAAUAUUCAACGGAGUGACGUCAUAACGCUCACGCGAAACUGAUACUAUCAAAGGCUAUGACGUCAUGCCAAUGAUGACUGCCAAAAGAGUGAGGAAUGAUAGGAAUUGUGUCACAACAAAAAUUGCUUCCUACAACCGGCCCCUGUUUCAUCUUUUAUUAAACUAAUAAAACAAUUAAUGAAUUCGGCUUGAUGAUUCUUCAUAUCACGAUCAACCUCGUUCAAUAAUUGUUUUAAAAAACUAUUUUCUCGUUCAGCAGUUGUAUUUCAAGACAACGCAUUCAAAAUUCAAAGCACAAGUUAUCACGGACAAUGCCUAGUGUACCGCAACCCCUGGACGUCAUCAAGACUCUUUGAUCCCUCGCUAACCUUAAAAAACUGCGACCACAACUCGAAUGCCUAUGCUCGGCUUUGGUUAUGGACAAAAGACGGAGAACUAAGAUUAAAAGGCGGGCAACGUUGUUUAACCGCAAGUCAGCGCGGAACUUUAUUUCUACGUCGCUGUGGCUUCAAACAAGACAAUCAAUUUCAGCAAUGGGAAUGCAGUGGAAAUUUGCUCAAGUUAAAAACUAUCAACGCAUAUUUGGUACCAUUCAAUUUUUCCACGGGCAACAUCAGUUUGUUUGGUGUUUUAGUACGGUCUGUAGCGACCAAACAGCGCAUUGGUGCGACUGUGUAUGGAGGUGGUGAAUGGGCUCAAUACAGGAGAGGGGCAUCCCUCUGUGAUAACAUGUCUGCUUAAGGACAAUUUUUUACUUCGCUAUAGCUUCCACGUACUGGGACUCUGUAUAAUACUGAGAUACAUUAAGCAAUAUUAUAGAUAGCUAUAGAUUGGCAAACACGAAGGGGCAGUUGGGAAACGUUCAUGACUUCAAUACACGCUUCUGGAAUGUACGUCACCUUGGGUAUAAAGCCUCGUUUUCACGAUUGAGACGUCGGAUUUAACUAAUGUCCACAUACACGAAAGCGAGGCUCUAUAGCCGAAGUGACGUACUUUCCAGAAGGAUUUUUGGUAUGUGUAAUAAUAUUUGGGUCAUUCGAAGAAGAAAUGUAAGAUAUCUUUAUAGUAAAAAAUCCCAUCUUAUAUAUAUAAUCAUCUUUUUCACUGUCAAAGUUUGCGGAUAUGAUGUCAUUAGGUGAAUUGCAAAUUAGUUUUCCUUUGUUUUUUGUACCAAAAAUUCACCUAAUGACAUCAUAUCUGGAAACUUUGACAGCAAAAAAGUUGACCAAGAUGAGGUUUUUUACUAUAAAGAUACAUUACAUUUCUUCUUAGAAUGACCCAAACAUUACACACACCAAAAAUUAUAUCUGGUGUUAGUCACUUUAAAUCUAUCAUAGAAUCGAGUUGAUAUAAUCUUAAGAAUUGAUCAUGCAAUUUAACAGGUCGAAAGCCAUGAUCUAUCAGAGGACAGACGCACGGAAUUACGUCACACAAACUUGGUUUUGUGCAGCCAAUCACAAUUCAGAACGUGACUUAGCUAGCCAAUAGCCUUGCCUUUUUGCAUAGGUCAUGUACGCGACAUAUAUCGAUUUUUUCAAAUUUCCAAAUGUAUUGGAUAAAUAAAAACUAUUCACCUGUUUACUUUUGAUUUUGCUUUUUACUAUAUAAAACAAAUAGUUAACAAUUUG